GGCAGUUUGGUCUGGAUGGCAGAGGGGGCUACUGCAGGCAGAUGGAGAGAACUAUGGGGAGAGCUGUGGCCAGAGGCCUCAUGGCCCCUGCAGAGUUCCACUUUAAAAGAGCUGAGAUGAUGGAGUCUCUGGCCUCAGGGGUUGAUGAUGGCAGAACCAGAACUCAUGGUGUGAUCAGAGCCUUAUAUGACUACUACCAGACUGAAUGCAGAGACUGCGUCUAUGUGUGGCUGAGUGCUGACACUGACCACUAUUGCUCCUCAGCGGGGGAUAAAGGCUGGGGCUGUGGAUACAGAAACUUCCAGAUGCUCCUCUCAUCUCUACACAGAAUAGACACAUAUGCUCCCUUACUGCCAGGUACACACUCACACUGCACAAUCUCUAACCAGCUUUGUUGUUUGUUUUUUUAUUAUUAUUUAAUAGGCAGGCAGUCACUUGCCUGUGCUACCAUCUACAAUGUCUGGAACACCAGUGACUACUGUGAAUAGGGCAGUUGGCGUCCAGGAAAGACUGGAGGACAGCCGGGAAAGACCGACUGACGGCAGGAAAGACUGCACCAGGGGUGGAUGGGCUAGUUACCCUCUCCACAGGUCCUCAUAUUGGGGACACCCUAACUAACUACGAGCACAAAUAAUGAAAGACAGCCCGAAGGUCCACCGAGAGGCGGGAUGGAAGAUGGACCAAAUAGGAUGGAUAACACGGAACCGACCGGCAUGGAAACGACUAACGAGCAAAGGAUCCUGAGGAGCUGCAGCUGCAGGUGGUCGAACAUGACAACUUACAGGGGCCUGCGAAUACACCAAGGGAAGGCUAAAUGCGGAGGGAAGGACCAGGGGCAAACUUGCACUGCGCAAGCAGGUCAGACAAGGAGAAGUCAGAGCCAGUUUGAGCACCACAGCGUUGCUGAUUUCACCGUUGCGGAUGGUCACAGGGAGGUGGAGCAGCCGUACCAGCAGCAGGCCCAAAGUCAACAACAAGCGCACAGCCCAGAGCGUGAGUGUCACACAGAGACACCCAGCAGCAACCCCACAAGACAAGCAAGGGAGAGACCAACCAGACAAACCAAAGUCAAAUGGCCUAAAUCCAUCGAAAAAGCCGCCUGGGAAAGUUUCGACCAAGAUCUGCACUCCAUCCUUGAGAAUUCGCUACGAGGCAGCACAAUCACCAAGCUAAACCUCUUUGGCAGCAUUGUUUAUGGGGAGGGCAAGGAGACGUUUGGUGAGGUAAUCCAGAGGAAGAACAUCCCUAGGGAGGUGGGAAGGCGUGAGCAAGAGAUUUACAAGCUUGUGAAGGAGAGGAGGCUGCUUAAGAGGUCCUGUCGAAAAGCAGAUGAGAAUGAAAAGGAGGGUCUGAAAGUGCUCUGGGACCAGAUCAGAAGCAGGCUUGCAACCCUGAGAAGGGCAGAGCGGAUCCGGAAGCGAAGAAACAAGAAAGAGAAGGAGCGAGUGAGUUUCUUUCGGGAUCCUUUCAGAUAUGCCCGAAGCCUGUUGGAAGAGAAGAAGUGCGGGAGACUGGAAGCCACCGAGCAGGAGCUUGAGGAAAACAUCAAGAACCAGCUAACCGACCAAAAAAAGAACAUCCCGCUUGGGUCGCCAGGGCAUGUUCCUCGUCCUGCUGAGCCAGCCGUCGAAUUUAACACGACACCCCCCAAGUGGACUGAAGUCAAGCUAGUGGUAGACAGGAAGGGAAAAUAUUCUUUUCUGUAGUGGCCAAGCAUUUAACCAACUACCUCCUAAACAACUGUUACACUGACACCAGUUGCCAGAAGGCAGGCGUCCCAGGGUUCCCCGGUUGUGUGGAACACUUAACCAUGAUCUGGGAGCAGAUUCAGACAGCCAAGCGGGACAAACAAGACCUCCAUGUAGUUUGGCUGGAUCUGAAGAAUGCCUAUGGUUCCGUUCCUCAUCAGUUAAUCACCUUUGCCCUGGAAUUCUUUCACAUACCACCAAGCAUUCGGAACCUCAUUUCCAAUUACUUCAACAGCUUCACUGUGUGCUACACAACCCAGGAUGCAACGACAGGCUGGCACCACCUAGAGAAAGGCAUCGCAAUGGGUUGCUCAGUCUCUCCCAUCCUCUUCACUGCAGCCUUUGAAAUCAUUCUCAUCGGUGGGAGACAGAUGGUCCGAGGGGUGA